AGGAAAAUGGGUGAAAACGUUAAAGUUAUUGUACGAUGUCGACCCAUGAAUCAAAAGGAAAUAGCCAAAAAGUGUGAUAACAUUGUUGAAACUGGUGAUUACGUUGUUUCUGUGCUAAAUCCCUUGGCUCGAAAUGCACCGAGAAAAUUGUUUAGAUUUGAUAGCGUUUACGAUGGCAUCUCAAAGACCGAGACGAUCUACAAUGAUAUGUGUUAUUCCUUGGUGGAGAGCACACUGGAGGGAUAUAAUGGGACAAUAUUUGCCUAUGGUCAGACAGGCUGCGGCAAAACGCACACAAUGCAGGGCGAUGGUUCUUUUGCAGAUGCAUCUAACAAUAACAAGGGCAUUAUUCAGAGGUGCUUUGACCAUAUAUUUGAGACAAUCUCGAUAGCCAGCAGUGUCAGGUACUUGGCCUUGGUGAGCUACUUGGAAAUUUACAAUGAGAAUAUAAGAGACCUCUUGAAUAUAUCUGAGUCCAUAACAAACCAUCAACUAAAGGAUGUACCUGGUGUUGGAGUCACAGUUCCAUCGUUAACUACCCAACCAGUUAUAAAUGCCCAGGAAUGCUAUAGCUGGUUGAAUUUGGGAAAUACGAAUCGUAUCACAGCAGCCACGUUAAUGAAUGAAAAAAGCUCACGAUCGCAUACAAUAUUUACAAUAAGCUUGGAACAAAUUCAAGGCGGGUCGGGAUCUGGAUCAGGAACACCUUCGGAUUUGAAUAAUACAGCAUCGGUGCCAUUAAUAGGCGGCAUACGUAGGGGCAAAUUGAACCUGGUCGACUUGGCUGGCUCCGAAAGACAGUCCAAAACUGGAACUUUUGGUGAAAGACUUAAAGAAGCCGCAAAGAUCAACUUAUCACUAUCAGCUUUGGGUAAUGUUAUAUCAGCUCUGGUUGAUGGUAAAACAAAACAUGUGCCUUACAGGGACUCAAAGCUAACGCGAUUGCUUCAGGAUUCCUUAGGAGGCAAUACAAAAACAAUCAUGAUAUCGUGCAUCUCACCAGCUGAUAUUAACUACGAUGAAACAUUGUCUACAUUACGAUAUGCGAGUCGAGCCAAAAAUAUAUCAAAUAUACCAAAAAUCAAUGAAGACCCAAAGGAUGCCCAGCUGCGUCAAUAUCAGGAUGAAAUACUUAUGUUGCGAAAAAUGCUGGAUGAGAGUCAUCAAAACGAGAGUGUUAUUCUGCACAAAUUUACUGAAGACAAUGAUAAGCAACGGAAAUUAUGGCUGGAGGAGGAAAAAGCCAAGAUGAGACAACGGAUGAUAAAAGAAAUUAACAAUAAAGAGACACAAGGAGACAAAAAGACGGAUCAUAAAGACAGUAUUUAUAUUAAAGCUUCGAACGAGUCAAGAUCUGAUCAGGAUAAUAUUCAAUUAAACGCUCGUAAACGUAUUGAUCUAAUAAAACAAACUCUGAUCGGUGGGGAAAGAGCUAACGACUUGCAAUUGAGGGAACGUCAUAGACUCCGAAAAUUGGAAGCCCAACAACAUUUGAGUGCGAUUGCCCGAGCAUUAAGUCGAGUUGAAAGUGAGGAUCGUGAUCUAUUACAGGAUCAUUAUGCCAAUAUACAGCAGGAGAUAGGCAUCAAAAAUGAACGAAUUAAGAUGUUUAAUCAAAAGGUGAAGAUGCUCGAAAGAGAGAUUGAUGAUCUGAACUCGGAAUUUCAAUUAGAUCGAGACGAUUAUCUAGAUGAAAUUCGACAGCUUGGACGACAUUUAAAGUUCUAUCAACUGCUCCUAAGCAAAGCGCGUCCAAUACUUCGUAAAAAUGGUAGAAAUUGGAAUCCAGAAGAAAUUUUGGAGAACUCUUUUUGGAAUGACGACUCAAAGACAUGGAAAUUACCGAGCGCAAUAGAAAACACUGUGAAAUUACCUCCCGCCAAUCUAAGAUCGGCUUUUCAAAAAACACUUAGCAUUGAGAACAAAGACUCGGAAGAUAAAGAGAUAAGUUCAACAGACACGGAUGAUAAUGAUCUGAAUCGUAAUGAAUCGCCUGAAAUGUAUAAAGUCAAUAUACUUAAGAAUUACUUUCGCCCAAAUCGCAAGAACAGCGAUCAAAAGAAGAGAUCCCAAGUUUAUAUUCGUGAUUUUAUGUUACGUAAAAAUACUCCGUUGACCAUUAAUGAGUUACAACCGACGACGCUUAAUAGAAAUGCAACAAUUAACUAUGAUUUUGGAAGAGUUGAGAAUCCAUUGGACAAAUCUUGGAUUAAUGCUACACCUAAAGAAAUACAUAAUUCGAGUCGCAACAAUGGUACUUUAAAGUUGAGCACAAUUAAUGGUUUAUAAUAAAUGAUAAAAACAGACUUUCAGAUA